GAAAAGCAAAGCUUUCCCUGAAGCCUAUGUCCUACUCACUGCAGGUCCCAGGUGGCCCCAAGGGAGGACGUCUGCGGCACAGCAGCCUCCCCAGGACCUGAGAUUCCCAUCCCACCACCAUGAGGUUUCUAGCCCUCACCAGCCUGCUCUGCAUCUUGCUUCUCUGCUUGUCCUUCUUCUCUGCAGAAGGGAGAAGGCAUCCCAGGAACCCUGCCAAGCCCGGGAAAAUCAGGAUCUGCUGUCCCCGACUUCCUGGCCCAGACCUGAUGCCCCAGAAAGGACACCAUAUGAGGAUCUGCAGACCAUGCAAGUUCAAGCAAAAGCCCCAACUUUGGGUGGUGCCUGGGGCACUCCCACAGGUUUAGUGCUCCCCAAACCAAGCUCCAUACAGCUGAGACCCUCAUACCCCAUGCCUGAGGCACCCAGAAGCCUCAGGUUCCCCCAGGAUGCUCCUCUCAACGUUGGGGCUAAUGGCAGUGAUCUUUAGGGCUCUGGCCCAUGGAAGCCUCUGCCCAUGAACCUGAGCCUCCCCUCUUAAAGACACAAAACUUGCUGCCUGCCAUGUGGGAUUGUGCUCAUGCUGCCUUUUAGAAAAGCCUGAACCAGAGCCUUCUGAAAAAUACAACAUGGAUUCAAAGGUUAAAUGUCUGGAAUGCUUGUCUCGCCAUGUGGCUUUGGACAAUAACUCAGGCCCUCUAGGUUCAAGCUGGGUUCAGAGAUAAAAAAUCUAAUGAGAAAAAAUAUUCAAGGAAGGCACCAACAGGCUUCACUCACCCACUUCAACCUUCAUGGCAGCAAGCUGGGAUGCUGGAGGGCCUCAUCUUGGACAGCAAAGGCCUGGGAGAGUUCCAGAACUCCAGAUCCUGGUGUCAGUCAUGCCAUCAACCUUCAGAGUUAUUGUGAGCCAGGAUCAGCCCACCUGGCCUCAGUCCCCACCUGGCUCUUGAGCACUGAUAGUCAAGACUUCACCGUGACUUUUGGCAGCUACAAAUCUGGAGAUUUCCAGGCCUGCUAGGGUACAGAGUAACAGGCACCAAAGAGCCACCAACCAGCCAUGCCAAGGCCCAGCUGUCUGGAGAUAUCCUAUGCCCCUAAUCAUCCCACAUCCCAUGGCCCCUGAAGGAACUCCUUCCUGACUUUCUGAAUGUGUAUGAGCCUGCUGGAAAGAGCAUUCAAAGAAAUAAAUUACAAGGAAAUAAA